AUGUCGUCUUCCGACACCGAUUCGGACUCGGAUUCGGGGCCGGACGGCCCCCAAAGCGCAUCCGCCGUUCCGGCCGGUGCGGCCCGGCACAAGAAAAGCAAGUACCGGAGCCCGCAAGAGAACAUCGACAGGUUCUGGAGCAAGUUCAUGACCAAGACGCCCGGCAGGGUGACGGCAAUCAUCCCGUCCAACGAAUUUGGCGAAAAGAGAAAGGCAAAGGGGGCCGCCAAGCCGCGUGCAGCUGCGCACGCGGGCCAGACGGGCUUGAACUCGUAUGAAGAGGCUGCCGCGAUCUGCAAGGCCAAGGUCGCCCAGAUCGUCAAGGAAUGCCGCCGGGUCAACCAAAAGUAUCGCGACCCGCACUUCGAUCUCGAGUUUGACCUGAAGCUCGGCCGGCGCGAUUGCCUCGACAGCCUGGACAACCGCAAGGACAAGAACAAGAAGAAGGAGCCCGACAACCGCGACAAGGGCAACCGGGCCGACGUCAAGAACGGCAAAAACAAGAUUCCCGUGCAUAGCGCGACCUGGCCCGCGGCAGCAGCAGCGGCCUCCUCUUCCUGCGCCCCGGCCGAAAGUAGGGGCGGUCCCAGCCACAUCCACGGCGAGGAUGACGAGACGUUCUACCCGCGCGCCGUGAAGCGCGUCACCGACAUCUUUGAGAACCCGCAGUUCUACGUCGACGGGCCGACGGCCAACGACGUCCGCCAGGGCCGUGACGGCGACUGCUGGCUCAUGGCGGCGCUGUGCACGAUGAGCAACAAGCCCGGGCUGAUCGAGCGGGUCUGCGUGGCGCAGGACCAGGCCGUCGGCGUCUACGGCUUCGUCUUCCACCGCGACGGGCAGUUCUUCAGCGAGAUCAUCGACGACAAGCUCUACCUCACCAAGCCCGACUACGACGAGGGCUUCCUCGAGCGCAUCCUCUGGGACGACCGCGAGCGCGUCAACUCGGAGGAGAACUACCGCAAGACGUACCAGACCAACAGCGGCGCGCUCUACUUUGCCCAGUGCGAGAACCCCAACGAGACCUGGCUGCCGCUGCUAGAGAAGGCCUACGCCAAGGCCCACGGGGACUACUCGGCCAUCGAGGGCGGGUUUACGGGCGAAGGGCUCGAGGACCUGACGGGCGGCGUCACUUCCGAGAUCUACACCACCGACAUCCUGGACAAGGAAGACUUCUGGAACAAGGAGCUCAUGCAGGUGAACAAGACCUUCCUCUUCGGCUGCUCCACCGGCGUCUGGGGCCGCGGCUGGGGCGAGCGCAAGGGCAUCGUCGAGCUGCACGCGUACAGCGUCAUGCGGGCCGUCGAGAUCGACGGCAAGCGCCUGGUGCUCCUCAAGAACCCCUGGGGCAAGGGCGAAUGGACCGGCCCCUGGUCCGACGGUUCCAAGGAGUGGACGCCCGAGUGGCUCAGGAAGCUGGACCACCGCUUCGGCGACGACGGGUCCUUCUGGAUCGAGUACUCGGACCUCCUGCAAAAGUACCAGGCCUUUGACCGCACGCGCCUCUUCGACACCAAGGAGUGGGGCGCGGCCGUCGCGUGGGCGAGCUUCCCCGUCCCCUGGGCGACGACCACCGCCGCGCUCGGCUACAGCCGGACCAAGUUCCGGGUCGAGCUGAGGCGCUCCGGCCCCGUCGUCAUCGUGCUCAGCCAGCUCGACGAGCGGUACUUUGUCGGCCUCGAGGGCCAGUACCGCUUCGAGCUGAGCUUCCGCGUUCACAGGUUCCCCAUCAGCGGCGGCGCCGCAGAGGUGGCCGGCAGCGGAGCGGCGGACGACGACGACGAUGACGACGACGACGAUGACUACAUCGUCCGGAGCCGGACGGCCUACCGCAUGAACCGGUCCGUCAACGUGGAGCUCGACCUCGACGCGGGCGAGUACACGGUGCUGGUCAAGAUCGAGGCGCAGCGCAACGACGAGGUCAUGCCGCCGGAGGAGGUCGUCCGCGCCAACGCCAAGACCCGCCGGGAGAAGCUGCUCCGCGUCGGCCUGGCGUACGACUUGGCUCACGCCAAGGCCCGGCUCACGCCGGAGGAGGAAGCGGAGGAGGAAGCGAUGCGCAAGGCGUACGUCCAGAGGAAGAAGGACAAGGAACGGCAGAAGAUACGGGAGGAGGUCAUGCAGGGCAGGAGGCGGGAGCACUACCUCGACACGCGGGAUCUGAUUAAGAAGAGGAAGAGGGCGGAGAAGUCAAAGGCCAAGAAGGAGGCCAAGAAGGAGAAGAAGAGGUUGGAGGCUGAGAAGCGGAAGGCUGAGGAGGAAAAGUGCGAAUCGCCAGCGGAGGAGGCAUCAAAGACUGAUGUAGAAGACCACCAGAACGCGACUCGGGGUGAAGAAGUAUCCGAGAAGAAAGAGCCGGCAGCGGAUCAGCAGACACAGGCAUCGGAUGACAAGCCUGAGGCUAAGCCGACCACCGAAACUGAAACGUCUGCAGAACAGUCCAAGGAUAAAUCAGAGCCGUUGCCAGACCCAUCUGCAAAGGUUGAACCUCGGUCAGCGGCCGAGUCGACAACAGACGAGAGCACCGGGUCGGCCAUCCUAACACCCGCAACACCGCAAGUCGAACCCAAAGAUGAGGUGCCAGACGUGACCGAAGAGUUGAACAAUGACACGCAAACCGAGCCGCCAACGACGCCUCCAGCUCACGGUCACAGUGAACAUCCAGCAGCAACUCCAGAGACAGUAGCCGCCUCCCCAACAGCAGCAACACCCCCCAAGGCUCCAAGCCCACAGGACAGGCCAAGCCGCGCCGACAAAGGGGUCCAAGUCCCCGACCGACCCCCUCCUCCCCGCGCCCGCUCCCCAGAUCAUCACUCUCACCACCGCCGCCACGACCGCUCGCCCCCGCGCCGGCCGCCGCUCAUGAACAGCCCAUUCCCACCAAGACACAUGAUGCGGCCCUCUAUGCAUAGCCUCUCCCCCAUGGGCGGCGGCGGGAGGUGGAGUCCUCCUCCCCCACCUCCACCACUGUCCCCGCCGGCCGCCGACAACGACAGCAGCGACACGGACUCGGACCUGGAGAGCAUCUCCUCCGUGUCCGACUUAUCGGACCGCGAGCUCGACAUUGUCGUCGACAACCGCAAGCGCAUGCAGGCGGCACAGAUGGCGGGCCCCGGCGGCGUUGCGCCCGCUCAGCCCGCGGCUCCCGCGCCGCCCGGGGCAGCGGGCAGCGCCUCGGACGGGGAGGACGACGGCAAGGACCCCUGGAACGCGGUCGCGGUCAUCGGGCUGCGGGUGUACUACAGGGUGUCGGCCGAGGAGAAGGAGGGCGCGCGGAUCAAGGUGGUGCGGCCGAACAAGUACCCCGUCAGCGGCGGCGAAGGAGGGGAGGCCAAGGGGAAGGGGGCCGAUAAGGCCGAUGGGGAGGACGUCUUGGAUGUGGACGACAGUGCCAAGGAUGCUACGCUCGAGGGUGUAGCGCUCGAGAAGGGAGGGGAGCACACUGCGCUGGAGAGGGAGGCGCAUAAGGAGAUGGAGAAGGAGGAGCAGGCAGAGGAGAAAAACGAGAAGCAGGCCGAGGAGGGUAUGGAGGAGAAACAACCACAGGUAGAGCAGAAGGACGGGAAGCUGGAGGGAGGCGAGAAGAAGGAUGAGAAGUCGGAGACCGAGAAAGAUGCCGGAGAAGUCAAGACUGAUGACGGGUGA